AUGAAGCGAAUCAUCACUCACUUUUUGGGUGAUAUCUCUUUCGAGACCAGUACCCUGCAGGAGAUUGCAGACUCCCUAAAUCAGGGUCAAGAUCAGGAACGGUCGGAUAGUGAUUCUUCAAUCAAAUCACACGAUGCCACCCCCACCAAUGACUACUCUAUGGAUCCUCUUUCAACCAGCACAAUGCAUUAUUCAGGGGAGUUGUCGCAUUGGAACUUCUCCAGAAUGCUCGAACGGCGACUGCGAAGUCUUGGGGACAGGACAGGGCAAACCAAGAGCCUUGACCACGCCGAGGGUUUCUUUCGGGCCACUGCUCUACAAUCAUCUGACUCUUGCGUCGCCCUUGCAAAGUCAUAUUUUCCACCAAAACAUAUCGCGGAAUUCUUGACAAGUGCGUUCCUGAAAUUCAGUCAGACGAAUUAUUUUUAUUUCCACGAAGCAACCUUUCGCGAGAAACUAGAUUUCUACUAUGCCACUAAGCACCAGCUGUCGAUCAAUGACGCUGGUUGGAUAUGCACUCUUCUCAUGACUUUCGCAAUUGGUACACAGUUUGCCCAUAUGCAGACCGCACCGACACCUGGUAGUAGUGCCUCUGCUACUGAAAAUACUCCCGAUGAUGUAAUCGGGUUGGAACUCUAUCGGUUUUCAUGUCGACUCAUUCCGGAUCUUAUUACGGUUGCAAGUGUGGAGACUGUCCAGGCAUUUUUACUUCUGGGUGUGUAUACCCUACCGAUCGACACAGCAGGUUUGGCAUACAUAUACUACGGCCUGGCCAUUAAGACGGCAAUCCAAAAUGGCAUGCACCGCAAGCUAUUUGACGGUAAAGUUGCCCCAGGCAUUAUUGAGGUGCGAAAUCGCCUUUGGUGGUCUGCAUAUUCACUGGAAAGUCGCAUCGGUAUUCUUCAUGGCCGCCCUAUAACUAUCUCUCCUGCCGAAAUCGAUGCUCCAAUGCCACUCGACCUGCCGGCUCUACGACCGGUUGGCCAAUCAUCCAAUCUAUCCAACUUCACCGCUGCAAUCAUCUUGACGAAUCAUUUGACAAAGGCUUCGGAGGCGAUGAGAUCUUUGAGGCGUUGCCAGAGGUCCAAAAAAAAGAAAUAUCUUCGGCAACUUGCCGCCACCUGCGAUCGACUAAGCUCAUGGUGGGACAGUCUUCCCACUGAGACUCACUGUCGAGAUCUCGCUCCUGACGGACCGUUCUUUCGUUGCAAUGUGCACCUUGAAAUCUAUUACACAACAACUUUGAUCUACAUGGGCCGCCCUUUCAUCAUAUCUCUAGCAUCAUCUGGGUCACUCAACCCAGACUCAGGUUUAACCAUUCAUGAACUCCCAGAUAUUGUGAACACUCUCCGCCGCGACUCACUUCAUGCGGCACUUAGAGUGAUCGAGCUGUGUCAGCUCCUACAAGACUAUGUCGGCCUCGCGCGUGUCUCAUACACCGAAUUCAGUGGGUGUCGCGUUGCUUUAUUGGCGCUUAUCGCCCACAGCAUCAACGAACCAGCAAGCAGGAUAUCCAGUGCAUUGGCUCAAGGUAUGGGGCUUAUCCGCCAGAUGUGCUCCGGGCUGGAAUCUGCGCGAUCUGAAGUAGCUGUCAUCGAAGCACUUGAACGGGCAAGGCAGCGGUUGCAUAGUCACACCGUGGCAGAGCAGAGAGGCACGAGGGAGGCUACAACAGGCUAUGAUCAAUUCAAAGAAUGGGCGAAACUUUGGCAAGGGGAUGGUAGCGAUAUCGUCUCGACAAACUUGGAUGCGCCGUUUGAGCAGCGCUCUCCCAACUCUGUCCCUUCUUUUGAUGGAUUUUUUUCGUCUUUUCCCAAUGAACUGGGGGAAUUUACUGCCAUCCCGGGCUUAAAUUACGAUCUUUCACUAGGCCAGGAAUGGCUGGGUGGCUCUCAACCCGAAGGCAGUGAAUGGAUCAUAGAUCAACCACUCUGA